CUAAUGUUUACAGAAAUUAACAUGUCCAAAUUAUGCAUAACUGAACGCUAACGAUUCCGAUUUGUAACCUACAACGUUAUCGGCGAUAAACGAAACCGGAUUCCACACUCCACAAUAACACUAGCAAGAUUGUACAGGGAAAAAAAAUUCGAUCUUUUCGAAUCAAUUUCAAGAAAAUUUAUCCAUUGCUCCAAAUUCUCGACAGCCAUUACUAAUGGAGUGGAGUUGAGAGAGCUGAAAGCUUAAUUAAAAACGAUGAUUGGGGAAACAACGCUGUCGGAGCAUCUCCACAAGCUAAUUGGGGUAAAAUGUGCGCAGAAGCUUGAAAACCUUCUGCAAUUGCUGUGGCAAACCCGAAAAAUUGGUCUCUCGAAUUCGCAGAAGUCUUCCAUCCACUCCCUUCUCGAUCUUCCUUCGCCCCGCGACGUAGACCCAGUUUUGGCGUGCCUUCGUUUGAUUAUCAGGAAUUGCGUGCACAAAAACAUAGAAGAAUGUGAUGGUUUGAAGCUUUUUCCAGCUGAUCUUCCUCUGCAACUGCAGAGGAUGCUUCUUGCACAGUUACAGAAGCUUCGAAGCUAUUGGAAGGAAGAGCUCUCUCGAGAACCGAAUGCAUCAGGAUGGACCAGUCAUGUGAACAUUUCCUCUUCAGCAGUUUGUGGGUCGUUGCUGUCGCUGCAAGUUGAUCCAGCUUCUCGUUUCAAUUCUCCGAAUAUUGGAGGUCGAAUACCAAUCACUGCUGAAAGAAAUGUGGCAUGUUUUCCACCAGAGUUAACUCUUCAAAGUGACAUUGGCCCUACUGAAAUUCCGAGAGUUCUUCCGCGGCUGAAAUCUAUGACUUGGACUGUUGAGAACAAAGGUGAGAUGCCGACUAAUCGAGUGGCUAUUAUCACUCUCAAGUUGCAAGAUUAUAGCAAGUCACCAUGGAAGGAGAUGGAGGUUAAGUUUGAGCUUAGCCGAGAUACAGUUGAGGCGGUUUUAAGAUCGAUGAGCUACAUCAGUGAACAACUCUCACAAUUUGUAAGAGUGCCAUUUUCUCAUGUUUGUUAUAAUAUCAGAAUGAGAGUUGUUUGGUCCCAUCCAUGUUUCAGGUCAGAUCCUCUUCGAAGCCAUUGCAGAAGAGACAAAGGCAAUGAGAUGCUUAUGAUAAUUCAAAGAAGCUGAAAGAGGCAAAGCCGCUAGCUCGAAAUCCAUGUCCUCUGCGUGCCUCCACCACAAGCAUCUCUCUACUUGCUGCCUCCAUCUUCAAACGUCGCCAUGGGCUCGGCUUAUAAUGCGUUAGAUAAUUUUUAAAAUUUAGAUACCUGCUGUAGUUCCUAACUCAACAAAAUAUUGGCAAACUAGCAACUUCAAAUUCACUUUCUUUCUUUUCUUCCCUUCAAUAAAAAAAACCCAACUUUAUUCGGUUGACUCUGAAUAAAGAUGUAUUGUGCUCUUUUUGGCCACGGAAAUUGUGGUAUGAUUUGGAGGACAUAUGUUUUAAUAAAUGAACGGUUUAAAAUAUAAA